AUGCUGCUCCUGCGCCGGCCCAUCACCAGCUACUCCUUCGUCGAGGCCAGCGACCAGACGACGCUCGACGUCGGCGACGAGUCGGGCGGCAUCAUCGUCCCGCUCACCGAGAUCAUCCUCAAGUUCCUCGCCGCCGCAUACUGGCCGGCCAAGGUGAUCAGCGUCGCCCUCGAGUUCCUCCUCAACUUCGUGGCGCUCAACGGCGGCAUGCUUGGCCUUGGCAUCAUAUGGAACAUCUUCAGAUGCAAGCUUGUGAUCCCGCUGGACCGGGAGGCGCCCGACUUCCGGACGAUAAUCGGGAUGAUCGAUGGGAGGACGAAGCUGAAGCCAGCCACGCUAGAGAUGGCCGGCGGUGGCGACAUGCGGCAGCUGCAGGUGCACGAAACGGUGGUUUUUGGCGAAGCCAAUGACCUGGAGAGCGGCGGGUGCACCAUGGCGGCACUCCUCGUCCAGCAGCAGUACCUCGUCCCUGAGGUCACCGUCAUGGCGGCUAAGAUCGCAUAUGAGAACCAGGCAUAUAUUGAGAACGUGGUCAACAACGUCUGGAAGUUCAAUUUCGUGGGGUUCUACAACGGUUGGAACAAUGCAGAGUUCCUGCAUCAGGACACCACGCAGGCGUUCGUGAUGACGGACAGGGCCAAGGACGCGAGCGCGGUGGUGCUGGCUUUCCGGGGCACGGAGCCGUUCAACACCACGGACUGGUCGACGGACGUGGAGCUGUCGUGGCUGGGCUUGGGCGCCAUGGGCAACGUCCACCUCGGCUUCCUCAAGGCGCUCGGCCUGCAGGAGGAGGACCCCAAGGACCCCAAGCGCGCCUUCCCCCGCAAGGACAAGGGCGCCGCCCCCAAGGGCAAGUUCUUCGCCUACUACCAGCUCCGCGAGGUGGUCCGGGAGCAGCUCAAGAAGCACCCCGCUGCGCGGCUCAUCGUGACGGGGCACAGCCUCGGCGGCGCGCUGGCCGCCAUCUUCCCGGCGCUCCUGGCGCUGCACGGGGAGAAGGACCUCCUGGGCAGGCUGGGCGACGUGCUGACCUACGGGCAGCCGCGCGUCGGCGACAGCACGUUCGUCGACUUCCUAAGCACCGCCACCAAGGCGGCGCGCUACGACCGCGUGGUGUACCGGUACGACAUCGUGCCCCGGGUGCCGUUCACGGCGCCGGUGGCCAAGUACAGCCACGGCGGGACCUGCGUGUACUACGACGGCUGGUACGACGGCAAGGAGCUCGCCGGCGACGAGCCCGACCCCAACUACUUCGACCCGCGGUACGUGUUGUCCAAGUAUGGCAACGCGGUGGGCGACCUGGUGAAGGGGGCCUUCCUCUGGGCCAGCGCCGGCCGCGACUACCGCGAGGGCCUCAUCUCCCUGUUAUACCGUUGCGGUGGCCUGAUCUUCCCCGGCUUCGCGUCACACAGCCCACGCGAUUACGUCGAUGCCAUCCGCCUCGGACGCAUCGCGCCCAAGCAAAUUUAA